AUGUAUAUUGAUAAUAAUGAAUUGAAAUAUGAUGAGCAAAUAAUACUAUUUGAUUGUAUACUUGUUUGUUUUGCAGUUGUAUGCGGAGUUGGCGCAGAUGUGGCUUAUCAUCGACACAUCAUGGGUUAUUACGUUACAGUGGCGUCUGCUAUGAUUUUCUUCCUCGAGAUUACCUGGGCUAUCACGCUCUUCGUACAGAUAUGUUUUAGAAAUGAUGAAGCUUACUGCUCACGUUGCUGGUCGUACGUUUUGAAAAUGACAAAAGGCUGGAGACGAGCAUUGUUUUACCUUCCACUGUCGAGUAUUUUGGCAUGGAAACCGCACAACUUGUGGCUCUCUUUUGUAGCCGCUGGGCUCUUAGCUGCUCUGUCGUUACUGCAUAUCAUCUCGAGCUUACUGAGUCAGCGAACCCUUAAUCGGCCAAAUAAUGAUUCAAUGGGAGAGAGACUUUUGAACGCACGGCCUGAAAUUUACGAUCGAUUUGAAGAAGUCUUGGUAACAGAAGUAUUGGACGAUGGAGUCGGAGGACCAACUGGAAGAUUAGGUGACAGCGAUGGAGAAAUAUGA